CAGCAACAGCAGCAACAGCAAAUUCAACAACGACAUCAUCAACAACAAAACCUCAACCUCCCUCUCUCUUCCACAAGCAGCCACACCCCCGGACUUACUUCAACUUCGAUACCACGACCCUCCACACUCUCAAACCACCCACCAACUUGAUUCCCGUUCGUCAUCGAUGUCCAAUACGGACCACAUGCACACCGAUACUUCUGUCUCUACAGGUACUUCUCCCUCUACCUCUACUUCUACUCCUACCUCUCCAGGGACUUCCACCUCUCCAGAUACUUCUAACUCUCCAGGUACCUCUACCUCUCCCUCCACAGAUACUUCCACUUCCACAGCUAGUCAACGCCAACCUCAAAAGUAUCACACCCGCCGCCGCCUCCAAGUCCGCCGCGCCCAGUCCUCCCACCGCCAACGAAAAGCCGACUACAUCAAGCGUCUGGAGCGCGAGAUUGCGAGUAUUCGGGGGAUGAUUGAUCAGAUGAAAGAGGAUAUGGAAGUGUUGAGAGGGGAGAAUGAGGAUUUGGGGGUGAUGGCGGUGAGGAGAUGAGGUGUGAAGAAGAUCCCAGGAUCGUGAGGUCAAAAGGGAAGAGAGAGAGAGGGGGGGGGUUGGAAAUUGGAAGUUGGAAGGGGGAAGGC